AAACUUCACUCUCCAUACGGAAUAUUUACAGAUUUAUAAAAAAGGUUCAGAUUUUGGAAUUCAUCAUUUUGGAGCAAAAAGAGACGGAUUUCAGAUAAGGUUACAGUGAGGAACAAAAAUCCCGGAAAACCGUUCAACACGAUCAAAGUUUCAACUCGGUCGAUCAACACCGCUUCUCGAUCGACGAAAAUGGCGACUCUGCCAGCAAAAAUGGCGCGAACUCCCGUCACCAAGGCCAAAUUCUUUACCUCUACAAUAAACAAGAAAAAAGAUGAAACGAAAGAGAAAAAGAAGAAUCCUGAUCUUGAGGAGAAGUUGUCGGUGGCCGAUUUGUCCGGUAUAAGUGUGAUCAAAACCUCUCCACCACCAAAAAGAAAAGUUUUUUUCGGCGAUAGACACGCAGAAGCGUUGAAAAUAAAGGAUGAAAAAGUAUUAAGAAGUGCUGUGUCAGACCUAGAAAAGAAAGUUUGUAGAUUGGAAACCUUAAACUCCGCGGCAAAUAUCAAAAUUAAUACUUUAAACACACAGCUUCAGGAGAAGGAUCGGUACAUCAGAGAUCUGGAACUCCGACUUCCACGAGUUCUUCAAGAUAUAUCAAAGGGUAUAGGGGGUAGAGAUGGGUCAGGUAGGACUAGAAGAGAGGUUCAAGAAUCCAUGAGAAGAAAUCAUAAACUUAACGCGAAGAUGAAGGAGUUGGAGUGUGAGCUAGGGUGGAAGGAGAAGGAGAAGGAGGGUUUAAGAGCAGCAUGUGAUCUUCUCAGAGCAAAGUGUAAGGAGAGGGAUCAACAUUUCAGAGAGAGAGUGGCCAUCUUUAAUGAAGAAAGGAAUCAGCUGACGGAUCAGCUGAUGAGCAUGGAGCACAUCAAAGAAGAAAAUUUGCUAUUAGAAUCUCAGUGCAAGAGCUUGAGCAAAAUCAACAGAUAUCUACAAGAAAAGUUGAAUGCAGGUCAGCAGGAAAUGAAUGAAAAACUUAGUCAAGUUCGGUCUGAAAACACUUUUCUUUAUUCCGAAAUCAGUUCCCAGUAUGACGAGCUUCUACAAACGGAAGAGGAAAUUAAGGAAUUAGAAAGGAUAAUUGUUGACAUUUUCAGGAAGUAUCAAGAAUUGAGACCAGAUAAUACUAAACACAUCCCGCAUGCUGAAAUUUACCCUGAGCAUGCUAAACUUUACUCAGAGCAUGAUGAUCUUUACCCUGAGCAUGCUGAACUUAACCCUGAGCAGGCUGAACUUUACCCUGAGCAUGCUGAACUUCACUAUGAGCAUACUGAACCUUUCCCUGAGCAUGGUGAACUUCACCAUAUAAAGCUGGGUAUAAAUUUAAACGAAAAAGAAAGGAAUCUGAACAACACCUGGCCGAUGGUUGGAGACCAGGUCCAUGAUAUGUAUGAACACGAGGACCUGGAGAUGUUUUAUCUCAACCAUUAUUCUCUACAUCUACCCAGAGAGAAUAUACUGUUUGAGACGGAUGAAGACUGGGAUGAGAGUUUUGAGAGAAGCGAAGACGAUUCAGGUCGAGAAGAUGAAGGAUUUGAGGAUAGUCUUGAUAAAUCAAUGUUUUGUUCCAGAGUAGAAAAUCUAGAUCUUAAACUAGAACUGUUAUUGAACCGCCUGAACUCGACGACUUCCAUUGUCCAAGAAAAACAGUAAAACACGGAAUCAUCUUGUGUUCCUUAAAUAUGAAAAUAUGAAUUUAAAAAUUAUCAAAUAUCUUCCUGUUUGUAAGACAUUAUACAUAAUAUUUGACCACUGCACAAAAUGUAAUUUCUGAAAUAACUGUAUGAAACUUAUGACACAAUUAUGAAAAAUUAUGAAAAUAAACUGGACAAUUUAUUAA